AUGAGCCUAUGUGGCAGGAAGGCACUGACGUUGCUGAGCAGCGUGUUUGCUGUGUGCGGCCUGGGGCUGCUGGGCAUCGCGGUGAGCACGGACUACUGGUUGUACCUGGAGGAGGGGGUCAUCCUGCCCCUGAACCAGAGCGCAGACAUCCGCAUGUCACUGCACUCAGGCCUGUGGAGGGUCUGCUUCAUGGCUGGGGAUGAAAAAGGCAGGUGUUUCACCAUAGAGUAUGUGAUGCCAACCAAUGUCCAGAUCACCUCAGAGUCCACUGUCAGUGUGUUGAAGAUGAUUCGCUCUGCCACUCCCUUCCCUCUGGUCAGCUUGUUCUUCAUGUUCAUUGGUUUUAUCCUCAGUAACAUUGGACACAUUCGACCACACCGCACCAUCCUGGCCUUUGUGUCUGGGAUCUUUUUCAUCUUAUCAGGUCUGUCCCUAGUGGUGGGUCUUGUGUUGUACAUCUCCAAUAUAAACGAUGAGAUGCUGAACCGGACCAAGUCAAAUGAGGCAUACUUCAGUUACAAGUAUGGCUGGUCCUUUGCUUUCGCUGCCAUCUCCUUUCUGCUCACUGAGACAGCUGGCGUGAUGUCCGUGUACCUGUUCAUGAAGCGCUACACUGCAGAGGAGAUGUAUCGGCCGCACCAGGGUUUCUACAGGCCACGCCUCAGUAACUGCUCUGACUACUCUGGACAGUUCCUGCACCCAGAUGCGUGGGCGGGGCGUGGCCGAAGCCCCUCCUCCAUCUCCUCCGAGGCCUCUCUGCCCAUGAACUCGUCCGCCUACCCCGCCCUGCUCAAGUGUCCUGAGUACGAACAGAUGUCUUCUUCUCCAUGCUGA